AUGACUCUUAACACAAAACUUUGUUUUUGUUUCAUGACUAAUUUGACUAUGACUAUGGCCACCUGCAAACGACUCUUCUUAAUUCUUUUGAUUCAAUGCAUUUUAUUGGCUGGAUCUUGUGAUAAUCAACACUACAUUUUUGAUGUCAUUAAUUUUGGAGCCAUUGGAGAUGGAGCUAACGAUGAUACAGAGGCCUUUGAGCAUGCUUGGGAUGCUGUUUGCGGAUCUUCAGUCUCUUCACCAACCUUCCUUGUACCUGGAGGAAAGACCUUUGUGCUACAACCCUUGACUUUCAAUGGCCAAUGCAACUCAACUACCUUCACUUUCCAGGCAAUUAUAUCUCUUCUCCCAUAUCAAUUCUAUCGUGUUUUGCACCUUUUGGUCAGAAUGGCUGCAAGCAUAAUUAAUGGCACUAUCAUUGCCCCAAGCAAUCCUUCUGAAUGGAAAUGCAAUGAUAAAAACUGUCACGAGUGGAUUACGUUUGAACAUUUUGAUGGCCUCUCCAUUCAAGGAUCUGGUACCAUCAAUGGCCAGGGAACAAACUGGUGGACUCUUUCUUGCGAAGAUAAUGAAGAGGUCUGUGACAAAAAGGCAACGGGCUUUGUUAUAGCACACUCCAACAACGUACAGAUUAGUGAGUUAACCUUUGAGGACAGUCCCAAAGUGCACAUCUCAUUAGAAAGGUCUACGUUGAUUAAUGCCACCAGACUCACAAUCCAAGCCCCAGGGGACAGCCCCAACACUGAUGGCAUUCACAUCCAGCACUCCACUAAUGUCUCCAUAGACCAAUGUCUCAUCCAGACUGGCGAUGAUUGUGUAUCAAUCGGAGACGGUUCAUCAUACAUCGAUAUUAGCAACAUCAACUGCGGUCCAGGCCAUGGGAUCAGCAUUGGAAGUCUUGGAAGGAAUGGAAACAAUGAGAGCGUUGAAUUUGUUCAUGUAAGGGAUGUUUCUUUCAACAGAUCAACGAAUGGGGUUAGAAUAAAAACAUGGCAGGGAGGACAUGGGCAUGUAAGAAACAUAACAUUUGAACGUAUAACAUCUCAUGGCGCAAGACGACCUAUCAUCAUCGAUCAAUAUUAUUGUCCCCAUGAUCAUUGCAGCAAUGAAACCUCGGCGGUGGAGAUUGACAAUGUUGCUUACAGUCAAAUAGAAGGGACAACAGACAAAGAGACUGCAGUGCAGCUUGCAUGCAGUGAAUCAACUCCAUGCACAAACAUCUUCAUGAAAGACAUAAAUUUGCGAUAUGAAGAAGAUGAAGAGAAGACUUCAUCAUAUUGUUUGAAUGCUCAAGGGUUGAGAAAUGGAAGAGUUAGUCCCAAUGUAACUUGUUUACAACAAGAUGAUAAUUUCUAA